AAGUAGCUAUAUGCGCACCGGGGUAUAAAACAGCACGGACAGACGGCCCGUUCACCCUCGCCCAAACUCGCAAGCUCGGUCACUCACCAUACGUGCACAUCCGCGAUGGCUAGACGCGUCGUUCUCGUCUGUCCAGUCGACUCGUCUCGCCGAAAGCCUCGUUAUUCCUCCACACUCUCCGAGAGGAGGGGGCUCUUGCGCUCCGUCCUUACCGAAGGGCUGCGAGAGAUCACGAAGAAUCCCCGCGUGCGUAUGCGCUACAACGAGCACGACUUUUGGGAGCACGUCGUGCGCCGGCUCCACUACAAACUCGUCGGCUGGCCGCCGUCGACUCCCUUCACGAACCUGAGCAAUCUCAAGGGCGGUCGCCGUCCCGUCGAGGAGCUGCUCCAGCUCUGGAGCAAGGGGACCCUCACCUUCAUGCACCGGGCCUGCCGGUGCGACCUCAAGAGCCACAGAAACCCGCUGACGGCGUCCGGGAAGCCGCGCCGUUGCCGCCACCGAGGCGCAAUCACGCCGCUCUAUGUUCACGAAGCCGUCGAUGCGCGCAUGGACACCGAGAUCGAGGAAGUUGAGGCGGAGGCGGGCGGCAGACGGGUAGCGCAGGGUGAGCUUGCGGAGGACCCUAUCGGUGAUGCAGACGGCUGGUAGUAGAUUCCGUCGCGUACAUCAGAAUUGAUUGUGAUUUGUCGAAGACGUGCAAGCGGGAGGACGGCGGCAGAGCGAGACAGAAUUGCCGCAAGUGACGGUCAGAGCGAAGCCUCUGGCGCC